GCGUGUGUUAGUCGAUUAGCGAGUGGACACUGUGUAAUCAGGUAUGCAGCUUUCAUUGAUCAUUACCAGCCUCCUGGCUAACACUUUGGACACAUCAUGGAGACAGGAAAGCAGCUAACAGGUACACUGGCUGUGGCUGUGUUCACAGCAGCUCUGGGGUCUCUGCAGUAUGGAUACAGUCUUGGAGUCAUCAAUGCACCCCAGAAGGUCAUUGAAAGGCAUUAUGCCCGAUCCUUGGGAUUGUGGUCAGACAGAUCUGCGCUAUCAGAAAACAGCACAGAGGAAACAGACUCCCCCGGUGUGGAGCGACACUCUGCUGUGGUCAUGUACUGGUCAUUGUCAGUGGCAAUCUUCUCCAUUGGUGGCAUGGUAUCUUCUUUCCUGGUGGGAUUUGUGGGAGACCUGAAAGGGAGGGUGAAGGGCAUGUUAAUGGUAAAUGUUUUAGCUGUAGCAGCUGGAUUGUUGAUGGGUCUUUGCAAGAUGUGGAAGCCCCACAUAAUGGUCAUCUCAGGCCGAGCUGUUAUGGGCUUCUACUGCGGGUUGACAUCUGGGUUAGUACCUAUGUACAUAGGAGAGAUUGCACCCAAAGCAUAUAGAGGUGCUCUUGGAACUUUACACCAGCUUGCUAUUGUCAUUGGCAUCCUAAUCAGCCAGGUUAUAGGCUUGGACUUCAUACUUGGUAAUGAUGACAUGUGGCCCCUGCUGCUUGGUCUGUCUGGUGCUCCAGCAAUAUUGCAGUCCCUUCUGCUGCCUUUAUGUCCUGAGAGCCCUCGAUAUCUUUACAUCCUACUGGGCAAGGAGGAAGAAGCCAGAAAAAGUCUGCAUCGUCUAAAGGGGGCGUAUGAUCCAACUCCUGAUCUGGAGGAGAUGCGGAGAGAGAAAGAAGAGGCAGACAAAGAACCAAGGGUCUCUAUUCGUUCUUUGAUCUUCUCCUCUGUUUAUAGGCAGCAGCUGUUUGUUGCCCUCAUGAUGCACCUCUCCCAACAGUUAUCUGGCAUUAAUGCGAUUUUUUAUUACUCUACAGACAUCUUCUCACAAGCUGGCGUCAGUCAACCAGUCUAUGCCACUAUAGGAGUUGGGGUCAUCAAUACAGUCUUCACUAUGGUGUCUGUUGCACUGGUGGAUAAGGCUGGCAGGCGCACUCUGACGUUGGUUGGUCUGGGAGGGAUGUGCUGCUGUGCUGUAGCAAUGACAGUUGGUCUCAGAUUCCAGUAUGACUUCUCAUGGAUGAGCUAUGUUAGCAUGUCAGCCAUCUUCCUCUUCGUGAGUUUCUUUGAGAUUGGUCCUGGUCCCAUUCCAUGGUUCAUAGUGGCUGAACUGUUCAGUCAGGGACCUCGGCCUGCAGCCAUCGCCCUUGCAGGCUGCUGUAACUGGACCAGUAACUUCAUCAUAGCCAUGGCCUUUCCAUACAUACAGGCUUGGAUGGGUUGUUACGUGUUCAUCCUCUUUGCUGUGUUGCUUUUUGGCUUCACGUUGUUUAUUUAUUUCCGGGUCCCUGAGACAAAAGGCAAAACCUUCGAGGAGAUCGCUGCUGUCUUCCACAAGAAGCGUCACAUCCAAAAGGACAAUACUGAACUUGAACAGCUCAAAACAUCCACAGAUGCUUAAGAUAGUUGCUAGCUGCAAGUUUUCCAUGUACUAUUGAUUAAAUAUAAAAUAGGUGUCAUUCACAUGGUGAAAAAAGACACCUUUGACUUACAAAUAAAUAUCAGUUACACCUGAAGCAAAGUUUACAGAAACUCUAAAUAUCACCAUUAUUGCAGUAUUGUGGGUUGAUAAAUUGGAUGUAAUCAGUUGAAAA